AGAUUUGUUUCUUUUCACUACUAUCUUCGAUUCUUACCUCUUUCAUGAUGUUUUUAUAAAUAAUCUAAUAAUUUAAUUGCUAUCUUGAUUUAAUUGAUUUAACCAAUACAUUAACUUAACUCUUCUGGAUCAAUACUCAUCUCUAUACGUAAUCCUAUUGUGUGAAGAAUUUUACGUAUCCCAACAAAUCUGUUUUGUUCAAAGCUUCGGCCGCAAUACCGAUCCAAAAGUGAGGACCCAUCGCCUCACUUCAACUCUAAUGUUGAACUUAUCACUCAUCUCAAAUUUUGUGUUAACAUGCUCAUCAAGAAUUGGUAAUUUCCGUCAAACACUUCCAUUGCUAAUGUAUUCUUUGUGGUAAACAACAAAUCGAUACAUUUUGUUGAUUUAAUGCCAAUCCCAUUGAUGUUACUGGUGUAAAAAGUUUUCUCCAUGUGAUUCCUGUUUUCUUUUUGUUUGUACAGGACUGCUUCUGGUUGAAUGUAAAGUCUAUGAUAAUAGUAAGAUUUUUGCAAAAUGGCUUCAUUAGAAGAAAUUAAAAAAAUUUUAAAAUCUUUGGUGAUAUCACAUCAAAAUGGCCUCAGUGCCAUAGCCUUGAAUAAUGAAUUUCUUGAAAUAGAAGGAAGACAUGUACCGUGGCAAUCGUUUGGUGCUGCAUCUCUGAACGAAUUUUUCUUAAGCCUUACUGAUAUCCUUGUAUAUCAACCUAACAAAGCUGGCGCUCGAGUUUUCUUUGCUAAAACUGAUGAAGCAACAGCCCAUAUUGACAGACUUGUUAAGCAGCAAAAGCCUCAGCCACUUAAACGACGAAAUGAGAUCUUUCGCUAUGAAGUGGAAAAAAGGCCGUAUAGAGAACCAAGUCCCGAACCAAGACAAAUUUCUCCUCCCAGUAAUGGCAAUUUACCCGAUUCCACUCAGAAAUUUCGUAACCCCAGCCCACCUCCUCCAGAUCCAAAAAACAUGUUAUUUCGUUCUUCCAGUCCAGAAAAGUCAAAAUUGAAACGUCCUAGUCCUCAAGAUAGCCCCCCUACAGAUCCUUAUGAAGAAAGCCUAAGAAGAGCUAGAGAAAGGAGAGGCAUAGCAAGACGAAAUUAUCGAUCAAGAAGAAGUCGAUCCCGCUCAUCAAGCCCAAGACGGACAAAAUCACCUAGCCCUAAACGAAACAGCUCUACAGCUAAUCGCCACACGUCUUCACCAAACCAACGUAGACAAAGAUCACCAACUCCUAAGCGUGGAAACUCUCCAGUUCAACGCAGACAGAGAUCUCCUAGUCCUUGGCGUGGAAACUCUCCAGUUCAACGUAGACAGAGGUCACCUAGCCCCAGAAGGGGAAGCUCUCCAGUCUAUCGCAGACAGAGAUCUCCUAGUCCCAGAAGGGGAAGCUCUCCGGUCUAUCGUAGACAGAGAUCACCAAGUCCUAGAAGAGGAAGCUCUCCAGUUCAUCGUAGACAGAGAUCACCAAGUCCUAAGCGUGGCAGCUCUCCAGUUCAAUCCAGGCAAAGAUCGCCAGUUCGUAAAAUCCCAACUAAAUCCAUUUCUUGUCAAACUGAUUUUGAGAAAGUAUCAAAAUCGUGCCAAACCGAGGUAUCCAAUACUCACUGCAUUUCUUGUAAAAAUCAAACUUCAAAAUCUCAUGUACCAAAUGGAACACAUCCUCGCCCCACAAAUAAUUCCAGACAAGAUUACUCUAAUGCAGAUGAAAAUGUUGAUCUAAACCAACUUUACUACGGAACGGAAUACAGUGUAGCUCCAACGUUCCAAUGUUUGUACAAUCCUUACUCAAUUUUACCAGUUUUAGAUCCUAGUUUUACAGAAGAUACUACUCACCCUGAGCCAGGCUUCUAUUACGAUUUUGAUGCCGGUGAUCAUAAACCAAUACCUAGAAUUCCUGAGUACUAUGCCUAUUGGAUUAUGGCUGGUUGGAUUCCAGCAGCUCAGGAAACUACACCUCAAGCGAACCAUGCUCCAGUUUUGCCUUCCAGUCAAUCAGCAGAUCCACGCGUCAAUCCACCCGCAGCUAAAAAUGCAAAAGCUAGAGAUCCUAGACUUGCUCGAUCAGAAGCUCGAAUAUCUCCUAAUGGUGCAGAUAAAGUGGCGGCCAAAAGAAAAUCAAUUUCUAUUGAUGACUAUAAGAAUCUGCGCAAGUUGGGUUCAAACGAACAAAGUGAUAAAUCGGGGGUCAUUACUGGUGCUGGAGAAACUAUAGACUAUGAACCUGUCAUUACAACGGAGCCCGUAGCGAAAUUACCGAGAGAUCCUCGAUUGAGAAGAGCCAAAUGACCAAUUUUAUGCAACUGAACAAGGAUACAGAUGUAAACAUUACUUAAGAUGCUUAUUUCUCUAUUCAAGACAAUUCAAACUCAAAAGUAUUCUUAAAACUCAAAUUCCAAACCUGAAACUUUCCAAUGAAGCGCGUUUGUCUCUGAACAAAUCGGCAACUUUUAAAUCUUACACUUAAUCAGCUAAAUCAAUAAAAUUCACAACAGCCCAACAGACAUCAAAAUCAUUUACCAUGACCAAUUUCAUAAUAGCUAAUUUGAUUAAUAUUCAGUGCCAGUAACAGUUGAGCUGUUUAUCCAUAUUGACGACUCUGUAUUGUUAUAAAUUAAACUUUGGCAACAAAUGAACACCAAAAUAUCCAACACAAACAAGUACCCAACAUUAUUCAAAGAUUUGUAAUAAUGCCAGAAAUGAAGGCUGAAAAAAGAUCCAAAGGUAAAAACACUUUUGAUCAAGAUGAAUAUUUUUAAAUUGCUCAGACUCGGCUUUCUUCAAAGUACAAUGAUUUUUAUACCCCAGACAAGACACGAUCAAGUAAACAAUUUAACCUGCCAAUUGUUUCAACUCUAGUAAACUAAUCUUAAUCACAUAUCUUGUACAUACACUGUAAUCUGUGAACCUUGAUUAGCGGAUUAAGAGUUACCAAAUGAUUAAAGCAAGGACAAAUUAAACAAAAAGAGCAAUAAGUUUAUCAACAAAAAACCAAGCGAAGCUUUUAAACGUCAAUCUACUGGAUAAGAAAAG